GGCCCGGCCCACGAUGACUUGCUACCGAGGCUUCCUGCUGGGCAGCUGUUGUCGCGUGGCGGGCGGCCGGGCGGCGGCGCUGCGGGGACCGGGUGCGGGAGGCCCCGCCGCGCGGCCCCGGCUGGGCGGUGACGGUGGCGGCCGGCGGCACCUGGGGCAGGGGCAGCCGCACGAGCUGGCGGGCUGUGGCAGCCGCCCGGACGGCGGCUUCCGCCCCUCCCGGGUGGUGGUGGUGGCCAAAACCACCCGGUACGAGUUCGAGCAGCAGCGGUACCGUUACGCGGAGCUCUCGGAGGAGGACCUGAAGCAGCUGGUGGGUCCUGGCUCGGCCCCGCUUCGCUCCCGGGCUCGGCCGGGGCUCUGGUGGCGGCUGCGCCCCCUCGGGCGAGAUCUCUCGGGACGACUCUUCCCAGGGCACCGCAGAUGCCGGUCCUGCCUCUCUCGCGGCCCCCAGCUUGCAUUGAAAGGCUCUAGUUACAGUGGACUUCUUGAACGACAUCAUAUUCACACCAAAAAUGUAGAACAUAUUAUAGAUAGUUUACGGAAUGAGGGAAUUGAGGUUCGUCUAGUAAAGAGGAGAGAAUAUGAUGAAGAGACUGUUCGAUGGGCAGAUGCUGUCAUAGCUGCAGGAGGUGAUGGCACAAUGCUGCUGGCAGCAAGUAAAGUCUUGGACAGACUUAAACCAGUUAUAGGGGUAAACACUGAUCCAGAACGGUCUGAGGGUCAUUUAUGCCUGCCCGUUCGAUACACACAUUCCUUUCCAGAAGCCUUACAGAAGUUCUAUCGUGGUGAGUUCAGGUGGUUGUGGAGGCAGAGAAUCAGGUUAUACCUUGAAGGGACUGGCAUAAACCCUGUUCCUGUGGACCUUCACGAGCAGCAGCUAAGCUUGAAUCAACACAAUAGAGCCCUUAACAUUGAAAGAGCUCAUGAUGAAAGGUCUGAGGCUUCAGGACCCCAACUUCUGCCAGUGAGAGCACUAAAUGAAGUCUUCAUUGGGGAGAGUCUGUCAUCCAGGGCUUCCUACUAUGAGAUUUCAGUUGAUGAUGGUCCAUGGGAAAAACAGAAGAGUUCAGGGCUCAAUUUGUGUACUGGAACAGGAUCAAAGGCCUGGUCAUUCAAUAUUAACAGAGUUGCAACUCAGGCUGUAGAAGAUGUUUUAAAUAUUGCAAAACGACAAGGAAAUUUGAGUCUUCCAUUGAACAGAGAAUUGGUAGAGAAAGUAACAAAUGAAUAUAAUGAAUCACUGCUCUACAGUCCGGAAGAACCAAAAAUACUUUUCAGUAUUCGAGAACCAAUAGCAAAUAGAGUUUUCUCAAGCAGUCGUCAGCGUUGUUUCUCCAAAAAGGUUUGUGUUCGUUCUCGUUGUUGGGAUGCCUGUAUGGUUGUGGAUGGAGGAACUUCUUUUGAGUUCAAUGAUGGUGCAAUUGCUUCGAUGAUGAUCAGUAAAGAAGAUGAGCUUCGAACUGUGCUUCUAGAACAGUGAAGGAUUUCCUCAUGACAAAUUUUGAUUACUGGAGAGAAUAUUUUUACUUCAGAAACAGACUACCAGUCGUAAAAUGACAUUUUUUGGUUAUUGUUGAGACUGCUUGCCCGUGGGCUCAGAAGUGAGAUUUGCAUUAUUCUUCUGUUGGAUUCUGAUAGAAAAAAAGACAUUCACUGUAUAAGAAAAUGGAUAGACUGAACUAAUUAGAAUUGAUACCAGUGAAAUUUUUAUAUUGCUUACAAUCGGUAACCAAGAGUGCUGAUAUCUUUUUAAAUUUAGAGGGGCAGGCUUAAAUAAAGGACUAACUAAAUACUUAGGAUUUGAAACUUAACUGUAUAAGUGGUUUUCCUUCCCUUUCCUCCUAAUUGUGGGAUUGUCAGAACUGAACACAUAUCAUUUGAUUAGCGCAUAUUUUUUAUAGUACCUGAAUUAAGAUUUUAAAAAAAUUUUCAAGACAGAGAAUUUUGAUAAAUCCUGACAUUGACCUAAUUGACAUAGGUAAAUGUUUGUAUAUGUGCCAAGAAUUUUCUAAUUUCAGAACACAAUGAUGAUGUUAUGACUAUUGAUUUAAAAAUUUCAAAUAAUAAUUUUUGAAAUUAUAGAUCAAUGCUUUCAUUUGAGUUUCAUUCUGUAAUUUCAGCAGUUCUGGGUGAAAUACAGAUAGCAGAACAAAUCAUGAUGCUGUUACAAAUGUAUUAGUUAUCCAAUAAGUGUUUUAAGUCAAUUUUUUUAAAAUGAUAUGAGUCUUACAGGUUUCUUCCAUCUUUAAAAUGCUCAAACAUAGAUUCAGGGACUAAAAGGAUGAACAGAGUAGACAUUUUCUAUUAGGAGUUUGGUAAAAUAUUGUAAAAAUAUCUUCACCUGUGUUAGGAGUAUUAUCAGAAAGAAUGGAUUCUUUAAUAAAUAUGUAAAACACAGUAGUUUUGGAAUUGCCUUCCUUAGUAUUGUGGUUUUCACCUAGCUUAUAUUCCAAGAUUUACAGAAUAGCUUUUAGGAUAAAAUGUUAAGACUUUUCUUUUUUUUUUUUUCCCCCAGGAGAAUUCCUUUAUUUUUGGAGGAAAUUAUUAUCUAAUUCUUGAUCUACUUAUAAGUAAUCCUAGAAUUUUUGCCAAAAGAUCCUGUCAUUGCAUAAUGAAACAGUUCUUGUGCCAUUGUUCAAAGUCAUGUGUUUCUUUCAUUUGGUGCUGAAAAUUUCUGUUCAAUCAUUGACAAAUAUUUAUUGACACCCACUCUGUGCCAUGUACUACCACGUCAGGUGCUGGAUAUGUUGAUGAAUGAAACAGACUUUAUCCUUAUACAAUUUGAGUCUUGUGGGCUCAGAAGUAAAUUCUGUGAAAGCUGGACGGAUAGUCAAAUUGAGUGCUCUUAGUUUUGCCAAUAUUUAACAUGUUGUUCUUAUCAAUUUUUUAAAAUAAAUGUUAAUGUACAAAGUUAAUCUAGGUUUUGAUGUAUAUCCAGAGAAUACAUUUUUCUUUAAGUAUCUGCAUAGACAUUCAUAGCAAAGAAUUUAUGACACAUCAGAUAGAAAUACAUUAAAAUGUAGUGUUUUCCUAGAGCUUGAUCUGGCUUUUUUUUUUUUUUUGAUAUAUAUAAGAUACCACUUUAUAAAGAAGCUCCAUACUAUAGAACCUCCCCUAACAGGCUUACAAUACCUUUUUUUUUUUUUUUUUUUUUUGAGAACGGAGUCUUGCUUUGUCGCCCAGAUCAUGCAGUAGCAUGAUCUCGGCUCUGCAACCUCCAUCUCCCAGGUUCAAGCGAUUCUCCUGCCUCAGCCUCCUAAGUAGCUGAGAUUACAGGCAUGCACCACUACACCUGGCUAAUUUUUUGUAUUUCUAGUAGAGAUGGGGUUUCACCAUGCUGGUCAGGCUGGUCUCAAACUCCUGACCUUGUGAUCUGCCUGCCUCGGCCUCCCAGUGCUGGGAUUACAGGCAUGAGCCACCAUGCCCGGCCUUAAAUGCCUUCUUAAAGAAAAAAAUGCCAACUCCAUCCUUAAUCUCAAGGAAAUCUGAUUGUCCAAAUAGAUCUGUCAAUAUGUAACAUAUUAAUAGGUAACUUGCUGUGUAAAAUUAUAAGCCAUAUUUUAAAAGGUUUUAAAAAUACUUAAUGUGCUCCAUUUGUGAUGUAAUUUCUAACAUUUCUGCUCUGUGAUGGGGAUUUAUUUGUAAGAAUAAGAGGCAAAGGAAUGUUAGCAUAGCAAAAAUGUGUUUGAGUGAGUUAACCUUUUAAUGGCAACUCUAUAUGAAUAAAAUUACACCAGUUA